AUGGACCCGGGCGUUCUGAGGCACUGGUUCGACGAGGUCGACAGCGACCGCAACGGGCGCAUUUCGUCGCUGGAACUCCAGCGCGCCCUACAGCUAGGCGGGCUCAACUUCAGCGUCGCCAUCUGCGCGCAACUCAUCCGCAUUCACGAUCAGGACAACAGCCACGCCCUCAACUUCCACGAGUUCUGCGGCAUGCACCAGUUCCUCGACCGGUGCAACGCCAAUUUUUUCUACUUUGACAAGAGUCGUACGGGGCAGCUCGUGCGCAGCGAAGUCAGGGAGGCCCUGGCGCACAACGGCUUCCCGCUCGACGAGCCCGUCUUCGAGAAGCUGUUCACCGUCUUCGACCCCGAUCGCUCGAACGGCCUCGCGGUGACGGAGUUUAUUGCCAUGAAUAUCUUUUUGGCAUCAUGCAACUCGACGUUCGGCGCCUUCUCCGGCGGACGGAGCGCGCAGAUCACCCUCGACCUGCAGCAGUUCAUUUACGCCGCGGCGAACACCCGGUGA